AUUGAUUAUUCCGCAAUCAGUGUAAAUUAAAAUAGAUUCAAAUAAACUGUGUGCAAUCAAGUAAAUUUCAGUUCGAUUUCUGUGAAUUUGGACAAAAUGCGUUAUUCUGUCUUAUUCAUACUGACAUGUGCAGUUAUAUUUGCGAAUGGGUAUGCUUUCAAUGGACCUGCAUACGGUUAUCAUUUGAGGUUCGGAGUGCCCAAAGCAUAUGAGUUGAAGCGUUUGGAGUCCAGUAGGAUUAUUGGAGGAAGCCAAGUUGCAGCGGCAUCUGUGAUACCACAUCAUGUAGGACUAGUGGCGCUCUUAACGACCGGUUGGAUGUCAAUCUGCGGUGGCUCUCUUGUCUCCAACACGAGGAUCAUCACUGCAGCUCACUGCUGGUGGGACGGCCAGAGUCAAGCGAAGCAGUUCACAGCAGUACUCGGCUCCACGACUAUAUUCACUGGGGGGAUCAGGAUUGACACCUCAGCUGUAACUGUCCACCCUAAUUGGAACACUAACGAUUACACCCAUGAUAUUGCCGUGAUAAGGAUCACUAGUGUUGCAUACAGUAAUAAUGUUCAAGCGAUUCCAUUGCCAUCGGCCAGCGAUGUCAACCGCGACUUCGUAGGGUUGACUGGCACCAUAUCAGGAUAUGGAAAAACGAGUGGUGCUCAAACCAGCAUUCCACUUACAUCAGUGCUAUACCAGACAAGUGUGCCUGUGAUAACCAACGCAGUCUGCCAGAAUAGUUUCCCCAUCACGAUCCAGGGUAGUCAUCUUUGCACCAGCGGCGCUGGUAACCGUGGCACCUGUGACGGUGACUCUGGCGGGCCCUUGACCGUUGUCUGGAAUAAUUCAAGAAUUUUGAUAGGUGUUAUUUCGUUCGGUCCUAACGAAGGGUGUGAGGCUGGGAAGCCAUCUGUGUACACAAGAGUCACUGCGUUCUUAACUUGGAUUAAUUCGAACAAAAACAAAAUGUUACGGUCGUUUAUAUUAAUUAAUAUUUUAUCAUUUACCUUUGCGAUUGGACCGUAUGGUUAUCAUAAUAGAUUCGGUAUCUCUAAAGCCAAAGAUAUCUGGAAAAGUGAAUGGUUUGGAGCUCUGAGGAUUGUCGGAGGAAGUCAGGUUACCGCAGCGACUUUGAUACCGUAUCAGGCUGGAAUUAUUGUGACUUUGCCAAAAAGUGAUACAUCGAUUUGCGGUGGAGCAGUUCUAUCUAACACCAGAAUAAUCACUGCUGCUCAUUGUUGGUGGGACGGAGAGAGUCAGGCUACCACUUUUACUGCAGUCCUUGGAUCUCUUACCAUAUUCUCAGGGGGAACAAGGAUCGCGACUAAGGACGUGGUGACUCAUUCAUCAUGGAACCCUCAGAAUAUUAUAAAUGAUAUUGCGAUUGUGAAGAUCCUUGCUGUAGUAUUUAAUAACAACAUCCAAGCUGUUUCACUGCCCACUAAUGCUCAGCAAGACUUUGCUGGUAUGACAGCAACAGCUUCUGGAUAUGGAAAGAGAAGUGACUCUCAAGCAUCUUUCCCUUCGUCAACAUCCCUAUACACUGUUUCACUAAGUAUAAUCACAAACAAUCUGUGCCAGAGCAGUUUCAGUCUAAGGAUUCAGAACAACCAUAUCUGCACCAGCGGCCAAGGUGGUAAAGGGACCUGUGAUGGAGACUCAGGAGGACCUUUGACCGUUCUUACUAAUAACCUAAAAACAUUAGUGGGCAUCGUGUCUUUUGGACUUGGCGAUGGCUGUCAGUUGGGCUACCCCUCCGUCUUCACGCGUGUUACAUCCUACUUAACUUGGAUCAAAAGUAACAUGUAAUUUAUAAUAAAUGACAUUUAAUAGAUGGAA